AUGGAUCACUUGUCCACCAUAAUAUCUCGAACAUUUAAAGAUUCAGCGAUCGCUAGUGAAUUUUCGUGCAAACGUACAAAGACUGCUGCCAUAACAUACACUGUCUUAUCCAAAGAGUUCAAGACUCAGCUUAGAAAAAGUCUUCAUGGGGAGAAUGGGGACGCACGUCCAGUUUCCAUUAUUAUCGAUGAAACUACAGAUAAAGGAACAACAAAGUGCAUGGCGAUCGUAAUUGAACUAUUUGACGAAGAAACAAAGAAGGUUGACACGAGAUUAUUAAACUUAGUCCCAGUGCAAGGAGAAACGGCUGCUGAUCUUUUUGAACUGAUGAAAACCGAUCUGGCAAAGCAUGAUGUUCAAAUUACGCAAUUAGUUGGAUUUGCAGCAGAUAUGACCAACAUAAUCUUUGGUGAACACAAUAGUAUUGCUAGUCGUAUAAAAGAAGAAAUCCCAAUUGUCUGUCCAUCAAAUGCGCGUGUCAUUCAUGUGCACUAG